GGGCCGCAGCUGUCAGAGCCGCGGCGGCGACGGCGGCGCAUCGAGCUGAGCGGUGGCGGCGCCGCAGCCGGGGUCGGAGCGCAGGAGCCGACGGGGCCCGACCGGGAUGGUGCAGCGGCGGCUCCGCGGCGCACACACGCGCUGAGCGGGCCCAAGCUGGGCCCCGCGCCCCCCGCGCCCCCCGCCGCCCCGAUCCCGGCCGGCAUGAUGUGCCUGGAAUGCUCCUCGGCGGCGGAGGGCGGCGCGGAGGAGGAGGAGGCAGACGCGGAGCGGCGGCGCCGGCGCCGGGGGGCGCAGCGAGGGGCUGGCGGUAGCGGUUGCUGCGGGGCGCGGGGCGCGGGCGGCGCUGGAGUCUCGGCCGCGGACGAUGAGGUGCAGACGCUGUCGGGCAGCGUAAGGCGGGCCCCGACCGGACCCCCUGGCACCCCUGGCACCCCCGGCUGCGCAGCUGCUGCAAAGGGCCCCGGCGCACAGCAGCCCAAACCGGCCAGCUUGGGCCGCGGGCGGGGGGCAGCCGCCGCCAUCCUCAGCUUGGGCAACGUGCUCAACUACCUGGACAGGUACACCGUGGCAGGCGUCCUCCUGGACAUCCAGCAGCACUUUGGGGUCAAGGACCGAGGCGCCGGCCUGCUGCAGUCAGUGUUCAUCUGUAGCUUCAUGGUGGCUGCCCCCAUCUUUGGCUACCUGGGCGACCGCUUCAACAGGAAGGUGAUUCUCAGCUGUGGCAUUUUCUUCUGGUCGGCCGUCACCUUCUCCAGCUCCUUCAUUCCCCAGCAGUACUUCUGGCUGUUGGUCCUGUCCCGGGGACUGGUGGGCAUCGGUGAGGCCAGCUACUCCACCAUCGCCCCCACUAUCAUUGGCGACCUCUUCACCAAGAACACGCGUACGCUCAUGCUGUCCGUCUUCUACUUCGCCAUCCCACUGGGCAGUGGCCUGGGCUACAUCACUGGCUCCAGCGUGAAGCAGGCAGCCGGAGACUGGCACUGGGCGUUGCGGGUGUCCCCUGUCCUGGGCAUGAUCACAGGAACACUCAUCCUCAUCCUGGUCCCAGCCACUAAAAGGGGCCAUGCCGACCAACUCGGGGACCAGCUCAAGACCCGGACCUCAUGGCUCCGAGAUAUGAAGGCCCUGAUUCGAAACCGCAGCUACGUCUUCUCCUCCCUGGCCACGUCGGCUGUCUCCUUCGCCACAGGGGCCCUGGGCAUGUGGAUCCCGCUCUACCUGCACCGUGCCCAAGUUGUGCAGAAGACAGCAGAGACGUGCAACAGCCCGCCCUGUGGAGCCAAGGACAGUCUCAUCUUUGGGGCCAUCACCUGCUUUACGGGCUUUCUGGGUGUGGUCACGGGUGCGGGAGCCACACGCUGGUGCCGCCUGAAGACGCAGCGGGCUGACCCACUGGUGUGUGCCGUGGGCAUGCUGGGCUCUGCCAUCUUCAUCUGCCUGAUCUUCGUGGCUGCCAAGAGCAGCAUCGUAGGGGCCUAUAUCUGUAUCUUCGUCGGGGAGACACUGCUGUUCUCUAACUGGGCCAUCACUGCAGACAUCCUCAUGUACGUGGUCAUCCCCACCCGGCGGGCCACUGCUGUGGCCUUGCAGAGCUUCACCUCCCACCUGCUGGGGGACGCCGGGAGCCCCUACCUCAUUGGCUUUAUCUCAGACCUAAUCCGCCAGAGCACCAAGGACUCUCCGCUCUGGGAGUUCCUGAGCCUGGGCUACGCGCUCAUGCUCUGCCCCUUCGUCGUGGUCCUGGGUGGCAUGUUCUUCCUCGCCACUGCUCUCUUCUUCCUCAGCGACCGCGCCAAGGCUGAGCAGCAGGUGAACCAGCUGGUGAUGCCGCCCGCAUCUGUGAAAGUCUGAGGUGGUGCCAUUGGGACAAUGAAGAACUCACAUUCCCACCUCGUCUGGGAGAUGUCCUACAGCGUCCGGGACCGGCUGGGCUGCCCCAAAGCUUUCUGUGUGAUCCACGGCUAGGCAUCCACCCUCUCUGGCCUGGGCCUGCUGAGUGGCCCUGGCAUCAAGAAGAGGCUGUGUCCUCAGUUACCCUGGAAGGAUGUGUGUGUUGGAGCCACAUGGUUGGACAGAUUCCCAGCCCUAGGUUUGGGCUGCAGGGCCCCUGGGGCCAAGGAAGAAGACAGCCCCAAGUGGGUGUCCGGGGAGAGCCUGGCCUGCCACCAGCUUAUGUGAUCUUGGGCAAGUCCCUGCCCUCCCUAGAACGAAGGGCCAGGGGGCUGGACUUUCCCACACAACUUGCUGGGCAAAGCAGGAUCUGCAGCUUUGAACAUUCAACAGACCCUGGACCUUACAGAGAGCAGGUGGCCCAGGCCUCAGGGCGGCAGUCCCGGCUUUGAGGCUCACGUGAGGGCCUGGUGUGCAGGGACCACUGCUUCUCAGCUGGGCCUCGGACCUUGGGGGUAUUGGACUCAACCUGGCAACUGAAGCUGGGCACCCAAGUCGCUGGGUACUCCCUGGCCUGGCUGGUCUCUCUGGAGGACACUGACUAUCUCGGGUUGGCUCCUAGCCUGGAGGUCCCAGAUGGGGACUGUUCGGACAAGCUGGCAUCACCAGGGGUGAAGGCCCUGGCUGCAGCUGUACACCACCUGUGCCCCCAGGCUCGAGGUCUCUAGGAGGUACACACCAGCCCACCUCUGCAGGGCUCCUCUCCCUGCCACCACCCCCCAAGCCAGGAACCCACUCCCUCCCUGAGGCUGAGCCAAGCCUUUUCCAGGGGCAGGGCCCAGGAGACCAUUCCCAGAAUCCAUGGGGCAGUAGCCAGGGCUCUGGCUGCUGGAGGAAGCAGCUAUCCACAGAGCUUCCUGCCCCAGAGCUGAGGCCGAGGCCCCUGGGAGACGCCAGCCCCUACCCGCUGGUAUUCCACCAAAUGACCCCGGGGGCCAGGCCUUCGAUCACCCAUGUCCCAUCCGUGCACACACCAGGAUGCAGCUGCCGCCACCACACCAGCCCCAACCCGCUUUGGGGGAGCUUACCUCCUGCGUCACACACUCCCUGCACAUCUGCUGCAAUCAAGGUGGUUCUGGUGCGGGGGGCCCUUGUGGCCAACAGGAGACCCCAAGAGCCGGCUUGGACAAUGCUCUUCUUGCCCCUUCGUUACUGGCUGGCUGUGGCUUCAGUGGUGUGUAAGCUAGUGGAAUACCCACCCACCAAGCACUGGGGUACCCUGGGGGUCUGACAGGAGGAUGGGGUGGGGGUGGUAUCCCCCAAAGACCAGCCUCCACCCCCACUCCAGCCUCAGCCUCAGCGGGGCCCCAGCGAUGUUUUCUUGUUGUACAAGAACCAGGUCCGAGUGUUGCCUCCUCUUCCUUCCGGAAGCCAAACUGCUCCUUUAUUUUUUAGGGCUGCUGAUUGUGAAUCUCAGAGUCUUAAGAGAGAAGCCAAAUAUAUUCCUCUUGUAAAUGAAGAAAUAAACCUAUUUAAAUCA